AUGACCAGUAUUCAAGAUCUGCUAUCCCCCGUGGAGUCCAAGACAUCCCAAGGGUCUUCGCCGCCCGCAGACAGAAAACAACACAGCACAAGCAACGAGACGUCACACUUUACGAUAGAAUUCAUCCUCGACACAAUAUGUCCCCAUUGUUACAUUGGCCUUCGCAAUCUCAACACGGCCAUCGAUCUCUACAAAAAGCAACAUGCCAAUGCUACCUUUGAGGUCACUUGCUCGCCCAUUAUCUUGAAUCCCGUUGCGGGACGUAGUGUUGAUAUAAAAGGAAAUUACUAUCAACAUACUCGGCACUUUGCACCGUCUACGAUUGAAAGGUGGACGCGGCAAGGCGCUGAAAUUGGCAUCAACUUUGACUGGCUCGGCGGCUGGACCGGCAACUCUCGAGACUCACACAAGCUGUUACGCCUUGCGCUCGGCCCAUGGCCAUCUGCCAUCGACCAGAGCUCCUCAUCUACAGCUACACAACCUUCAGGCCAUCCAUACUCCUCUUCCUCCACUUCGGCAACCGACACUAAGCCGUCCACGUCGGAAGAAACCACCCAAGGCCGACCAGGCGCCCGAGGACCACAAACUCAAAUGGAACUAGUCUCGACGAUAUACCGCGAGUACUUUGAAAACAACCGCGACGUCUCGAACCGGUCCUGGCUCCUUAGCCUGGGAACCUCGCUGUUGCCCGACGUGCCGCCCGGCGAGAUCCAGGCGUGUCUCGAGAGCGAGGCCUGGGACGCGGCCAUUGACCGGCUCAGCGACCAGAACCGCCAGCGCUUCAACGCCGUGCCCGUCUUUGUCAUCCAGGGCCGCUUCGUGGCGGGCGGCUGGCAGUCGCCCGAAAAGUUCUUGGAGGUGUUUGAGCGCAUCCGCGUCGCCGAGCCCAAUGCUCCCGGCAUGACGCUGAGUCCCCCGGGGGGAGGUUGGUGGGAGUCGGGCGUCUUUCGUGGAGCUGGACAACAGCAGCAGCAGGGGCCGUCAGAUGUUCGGAGCGCAGGGGGAUGCAAUGUACGAUGA